GCUGUUGCAGCCAUAGCCAGUUCCCUUGAAGCGAAACCGGAUGCCUUGACUCCACUGACCAGCUUGCCGUGACCAGAGCUGAACUCGUUUACCUUCUGACGGAACCAGCUCUAGAGGAGAGGAACGUUCCGCGGUGACAAUGGGAGUACCAAAGUUCUACCGCUGGAUCUCCGAGAGAUACCCGUGUCUGUCCGAGGUGGUGAAGGAGCACCAGAUCCCAGAGUUUGAUAACCUCUACCUGGACAUGAACGGGAUCAUCCACCAGUGCUCCCACCCCAACGAUGAGGACGUCCACUUCCGCAUCUCUGAGGAAAAGAUCUUUGCAGAUAUCUUCCACUACCUGGAGGUCCUGUUCCGCACCAUCAAACCCCAGAAGGUGUUCUUCAUGGCGGUGGAUGGCGUGGCUCCCAGGGCCAAGAUGAACCAGCAGAGAGGACGCCGUUUCAGGUCUGCCAAGGAAGCAGAAGAUAAGAUCAAGAAAGCUCUGGAGAAAGGAGAGAUCCUCCCCACAGAGGCUCGCUUUGACUCCAACUGUAUCACCCCAGGUACGGACUUCAUGGCGCGGCUCCAGGACCAGCUCCAGUACUUCGUGAACAGCAAGCAGACGUCAGACCGCAGCUGGCAGGGUGUCCAGGUGUACCUGUCCGGGCACGAGACUCCGGGGGAGGGGGAACAUAAGAUCAUGGAGUUCAUCCGCUCAGAGAACGCCCGGCCAGGUCACGACCCCAACACCCGCCACUGCCUAUACGGCCUGGACGCAGAUCUGAUCAUGUUAGGUCUGACCAGCCAUGAGCCUCACUUCUCCUUACUGAGGGAGGAAGUUCGCUUUGGAGGGAAGAAAUCCCAGAAGAGGAUAACUGCCCCAGAGGAGACCACCUUUCACCUGCUGCACUUGUCCCUGAUGAGAGAAUACAUCGACUACGAGUUCUCUGCUCUCCGGACCCAGAUCGGGUUCCCGUACGACCUGGAGCGGAUCAUCGAUGACUGGGUCCUCAUGGGCUUCCUGGUGGGGAACGACUUCAUCCCUCAUCUCCCUAACCUCCACAUCAACCACGACGCACUGCCCCUGCUGUACCGGACCUACAUCAGCGUGCUGCCCCAGCUGGGAGGUUACCUGAACGAGAACGGACAUCUGAACCUCGGGAACUUUGAGAAGUACCUUGAGAAGCUCUCAGAGUUCGACAGAGAACACUUCAACGAGGUGUUUGUGGACCUCAAGUGGUUCGAGAGCAAAGUGGGCAACAAGUACCUGAACGAGGCGGCCGGACGGGCGGCCGAGAAGGAGGCCGGCAGCAAGAAGGCCAAGAAGAGAGAGGAGGCGGCUCUCUGUCUGGCAGGGCUGGCCUCAGCCAAUAAGGAGCCCCCAGAGGAAGAAGAGGAGGAAGAUGAUAUAUUUGAGUCUGAGCUUCGGCAGUACAAACGCACCUACUACAUGACCAAGAUGGGCGUGGACGUAGUGUCAGAUGAGUUCCUGUCCGGCCAGGCCCUGUGUUACGUGGAGGGGAUCCAGUGGAUCCUUCACUACUAUUACCAUGGAGUCCAGUCCUGGAGCUGGUACUACCCCCACCACUACGCCCCCUUCCUGUCCGACAUCAGGAACAUCGCUGACCUGAGGUUGACCUUUGACCUAGGCCGACCCUUCAUGCCCUUCCAGCAGCUGCUGGCCGUGCUACCAGCAGCGAGCAAAGACCUGCUACCCCAGAGCUACAGGCCCCUGAUGACCAGUGAAAGCUCGUCCAUCAUCCAGUACUACCCGCUGGACUUCAAGACUGACCUGAACGGGAAGCAGCAGGAGUGGGAGGCUGUGGUGCUCAUCCCCUUCAUCGACGAGAGGUGUUUGUUGGCAGCGAUGGAGCCGUGCAACGAGCAUCUGACUAAAUGGGAGAAGACGAGGAACCGACACACCGAGUGCAUCGUCUACACCUACGACACCGACGUAGACUUAACCUACCCCUCCCCACUGCCCCUGCAGUUCCCCAACAUCACGCACUGCCAUGUCAGGGCGACGGCCGUGCCGAUGGACGCCUGGCACGUAUCCAUGGCCCACGUGGGACGACCCAUUGACCGCUCGGCGCUCUACUUCUGUGGCUUCCCCACGCUGCAGCACAUCAAACACAAGUUCUAUAAGAAGAAGGGUGGAGUGAUGGUGUUCCAGCAGCCCAGCAGAGGAGAGAACACCAUCCUGGAGAUCAUCCAGCAGGAGGAGCCACUGUGUGAGGAGGUGGCCGCCCGGGUCCUGGGGAGGCCGGUCUUCGUCAGCUGGCCCCACCUGGAGGAGGCCCGCGUGGUGGCGGUGUCAGACGGGGAGACCAGGUUCGUCCUGGAGGAACCCCCCGGGGUCCAGAAGGUCUACGAGCGGCCCUCCAGCCCCCCUCCAACCAGGACCUCACACCUCUCUGACAAGGACCACAAGGACUGGGUGAAGGACGUCCAGGGGAACACGGAGCACUUCAUGAAGAGGAAGGGCAUCGUGGUGAAGGAGACGGCGGUGGUGGUGUACGUCCAGCAGCUGACAGGGAGGAAGUACGUCCCCCUCCCCGACGGGUCGGUGGUCCUGGAGAAACAGUGGUCCAGACAGGUCCUAAACUUCCCCUACCAGACCGUGGUCAAGGACAUCGAGGCGUUUGAUUCGUGCCACGCCCGCUUCAGGACGCUGGAGGAGCUCUUCCCCCCGACCAGCAACGUGUUCAUGGUGGGACACCCCUACUACGGGGCCCUCGGAGAGGUGCUUGAUUCCAGUGAUGUCAUCAAAGAGGGCCGGGUCCGAGUCGUCUUCAACGUCCCGCAAGAACCACAGCUAGAGUCUCUGAUCCACAACCAGCAUAAGUUCUCUGUGCGCUACAGCCCCGGCUACAUCCUGGCGUCCCGUCUGGGCGUCACCAGCUACCUGGUGUCACGCUUCUCAGGGAGCAUCUUCAUUGGCCGAGGAUCCAAGAGGAACCCGUGUGGUGAGCAGAAGGCCAACGUGGGGUUGAACCUGAAGUUCAACAAGAAGAACGAAGAGGUGCCGGGCUACACCCGGCGGACGGAGAAGGAGUGGCUCUACUCCUCCGCCGUGGAGGAGCUGCUGGGGGAGUACCUGGACAGGUUCUCGGAGGUGUUCGACCUGGUCUCCAGGAACAGUCAUGACGAUGUGUUCUAUGAAGAUGACAUCUGGCCUGCAGCGGAACACAAUGGGGCCCAGAAGGUCUCUGAAAUCACUUCCUGGCUGCGGGAGCAUCCUGUCAGCCUGGUCGGACGCACGUCAUGUGACCUCCAGGUGCUGGACGGCAACAUCGUGGAGAAGAUCGAGGAGCAGGUGGAGAGGGCCAAGAUUAAGAAGAGCAGUAAGAAGGUCCGUGUGACUGUGAGGCCUCAUCUCCUUUUCAAGCCCAUGGAGCAGCACCAGGGCGUGGUCCCCGACCCGGACGCGGAGUUCCAGCUGUUUGACCGCGUGGUCAACAUCAGGGACAGCUUCACCGUCCCGCUGGGCCUCAGGGGCACCGUGGUGGGCAUCCAGGGAGCUGCCAGGGAACCAGAAGUCCUUUAUGAGGUUGUGUUUGAUGAAGAGUUUGUUGGAGGACUCACCAUCAGGUGCACUAUGGGCCGUGGGUACCGCCUCCCCUCCUGCGCUCUGAUCAACCUGUCCCAUGGAGUCCGGGCGGAGAGCGGAGCGCACAAACUGACCGCCAUCGUGAAGCCCCAGCGCCAGGCCGGCCCCCCCCCCCAGAACAACCACAAGCAGCCCGGAGGGGGGAGGACAGACCCCCAGGGAGGCAGGAAGCCAAACAGCAAGGUAAAAGAGGAGUUCACCAAUGCCUGGCAGACGGCAAAGAACGCUGGACCCCCUCAGAAACCCCCAGGACACUGGCAGAGCUCUGAAGGAAAUAUUCAACAGAAUAAACCCCAGCAACACACUACUCCUAACAACAAGACAGCUCCUGGUGGAUUCAGACUGUUGAAGAGAAACGAAGAUGCCAACCCUCAUCUCCCUCCAAACAUCUCUGCUACCAAGGCUUCCACUGAAUUUGAGGAGCUCAUCGCCAACCUCAAGAUCUCCCACAGCAACCAGCAGAUCUCCCAUGGCAACCAGCAGAUCUCCUAUGGCAACCAGCAGAUCUCCCAUAGCAACCUGCACGGCCCCGUCCCCCUCCCUCCUCCACAGCAAGACAGCAACCAAUCAGACGGACCGCUGUCUCCACAGUCCUUCGCUAUGAAGGGGACCAUGGUGCUCAAGGAGAUGUUGAAGAUUGACAGCCCUAGCCCCGCCCCCUCAGGAAGCCAGCAACCAACCAGGAGACGGUCCUCUAAGAAGCUUGCGGCUCAGAUGAACGCCCCUCAGACUGAGUCACAUGUUGUGGGUCACCAGGCCACGCCCUUCCAGGCCACACCCUUCCAGGCCACGACCUUCCCGGCCACGCCCCUCCAGGAUAAGCCCCUCCCCCUGGGUCUUGGGGCGGCGGGUCCUGGGGUGGCGGCGGAGCUCUCUAGGGUCUGCGUGGGUCUCGGCAUCGGAGCUCCAGACAUCAGCAGCAUGCGCACCAGACAGGGCCUGGUGGCCUGCCAGGUGAAGCUGUCUAACGGACUGGUCCUCCAGGGACCACAGUGUCCCUCAGAACACGAGGCCAAGGAGAAGGCUGCCCUGCUCACCCUGCAGAGACUGACGUCGAUGGGGCUGGGCUUCCCCCUCCCCCCCUCCAUGUUCUCGGGGAUCGGAACAAUGAGGAGUCCUCACAUGGGAGCCACUCCCCCUCUGUUCAACCAAUCAGCAGGGGGUGUUCUGAUGCCCCCCCAGGCCUAUGGUCCCCUGUGGGGUCUGACCCCCCCCCACCCCAACCAGCCCUUCUUCAUGGGGCCGGGGACCUUCCCCGGGGCCGCCCGAGGUCCUGCCCCUGCCCGGGGCCCCGCCCCCUCCCCCACCCUGCCCAUCGGAUCACAUAACCAGUUCGUUCCUCUACAGGUGACGAAGAAGAGGGUGUCCUCAAACAGGAAGGGCCAGGAUGGCAGAGAGUUCUACAGGAAGCAGAACCUGCCAACCGGCCAAUCACAGGCCACUAGCCAACACGCCGGCCAACCACAAGGCCAGGGUAAAGUGGACCCACCCCCUGGCAAUAGAAGCCCCGCCCCCUCCGGCCAGCCUGAAGGCAUGGCCGCGACGACCACCCAAUACACGCCCCCCCGCCAAGCCCCGCCCCACACACCUGGCUCCGCCUCCAAGAGGAGAAACAGGAAGCUGGCGGUCAACUUCCUGCCGGCUAAAGUCUCUGAGUGACGCGUGUGGAGUGGAGGGAGAUGAGUUGACUCCUCCUCCUUUUCCUGAUCAUGUGUUACCCAUCUCGUUACUCGACCGCCAGCGACGCCCACUGACAGGACGCUAACAUUAGGAAAGCAUUGUUUAAUUCUAAUCUAAUUCUGAAACAUUUAAUCCACAUUCAGAGAGACACAUGUUACUUACUGCCAGACAUUAUUCAUAAUCAGCCUUGGAUCUCAUCUCGUUUUAAGCCAAUUAAACGUCUUGAUAAAACAAAAAAUACUUUUUAAAUCCAUUUGUUCGUUUUAACUGUUGAGCAGCAAGGUUUCCACCCAAGUCUCGAGUAUCUGGUUGUGUUACCUUAACUGAGCUCAAUGUUGGGUUGUGUUACUGUAACUACAUUUGCAUUGUUGUGUUACCAUAACUAAACUCUGUAGCGUUGUAUUACCGCUACUCUCCAAAAUGUUGUUGUACAAUAACUAAACUCCAUAACAUUGGGUUGUGUUACCGUAACUACACUCUGUGAUGUUGUGUUACUGCUACACUCCCUAGCAUUCGGUUGUGUCACCCUAGCAUUGGGUUGUGUCAACCUAGCGUUGGGUUGCGUCACUCUAGCGUUGUGUUACACACCUCAGUUCUAAAUGAAUUUAUGACUAUCUCAAAGGAGGUGGAUUUUAAUUUUCAUGAUUUGUUUUAAUUCUUUAAGUCUGGAUAUUUUAAAGGCAGCGUGUUUCUUUGUAGGAAAGCUGUUGAACUGUUUGUACACUGAUUGUUUGAAGGCUGUUUCCAGCUGCAUGUUGUCUUACUGCCAAGGAAUGUGCAGCAAAUAAAGUUUCUUUCCUAUCGCACAACACAGUGCUUCUGUUCUGGUGAGCAGCCCAUUGCUGGACAACCGUUUACCCUGGGCAACUAG